AUGGCGCAAGCGAACACCACCAAGACGGAUGGGUUCACGCAGUCCAAUGCCUUAUACAUGUUCGAAGAUCCCCCUGAGUGCUUGGUGGGAUUCUGGUCUGUUGGAAGUAUCUGCGCUUGCCUGGCCAUUGGCAUAUCCGCAUAUAACAUUCGGCGGCACAGGGCAGCUGCAAAAGCUCAAGGCUUCGGAGACGAUGAGCUCAUCUCCUCCUAUGGUGCUCGAGCUGGCCGAGUGAUGGUACUCCUGCUCAUGCCCUUGACGUUCGCCGCGACGGCCGCGCUUCAGAUGUUCCUGCCGGGAGCAGCGGAGCUUCUGGCUCUGUUGCGCACAUGUCAGCUGGCACUUUCGAUGAACGUGAUCAUCGAGUUGCUCUUCAUCCUGAACGGCAGCCAGAAACAGAUCGUGGCGCAGUUGCCGGAAGAGCCGAUUGCAGUCUUCGGAAAGCCACCGCUGUGCUGCCUCUGCUGUAAGCAGAAGGUUCAGCUAUCGCAUCUUCGCUUCUUCGUGUGGGGUCUGCAGCAAUUCAUGGUGAUCAUGCCCGUAGUGGGGGUGAUUGAUGCCUACACGCGCGGCGCCUUCGCCACGACUGACAAAAUAUGUGGAAUUGUCGUAACUGUCAGCACCCUUUUCGGCAUGUGGAGCUUCAAGUGCCUGCUUCCCCUCAUGACGAAUUCCAUUAAAAACCAGGCCAAUGUGAACGCGAUGGAGCAUUUUGUGCUGUUGCAGAUGGUGCUGUCGAGACUGUUGGAGAAAGUCUUGCAGCUUGCGGUGAGGGAUGACCUGGAAAGUGAGAGCUGGGUCAUGCCAAACUCAGUUUUCGUGAGCAUUAUCACCGGUUUCAUAACUUGCAUCUGUCAGGUGGGCCUGGCAGUCUUGGGCCUGGGCUCUUACACUGCUGAUGCUUCGAUGUAUCCGGCCGUGGACUUCUCCUCUGGCCUCCCCCCAGACACUAUGGCAGUGCUCGACAUGGGUGGUAUUGAUCCCGACAAGUGGCAGAGACUUCGCGAGCUCCAAGAUACUGUGGCUGCAGUGGCUCCACUGCUCGAGGGAGGAAGGAUGGAUGGGACAUACUCCAGCGAGGAGUCUUCAACAGAUCAUGCUUGUGCAUAG